GAUUUCUUGGAGGGGGAGAUAAGGGGCUGUAGGCUGCUACCCAACUGCUGUAUUCGUAUCGGAGAGCCACAGACCUCACCCUAAUGCUGUGCUGGAGCUGCAGCCAGUACAGACAGGGUCCUGCAUUCCAGGGCAGAGGUCUCCAAUUUGCCAAGGUUUGACUUGCAGCCAGAAUUAGGAGAGCAGCAGCCUGACAGCCCAGAACUGUGUUGCACUGUGUGAUGUUUCAGCUCAGGCCAAUGUUAGUCUGAGAAUCUUUGAUGCACAUUAUUGCUCAGUGGAGACUGGCCCAAGGUCUGGGCACUAAUUUUGAGAGUCUGCCCCGUAUAGGUGGGCAAAAAUAUUUUUUCAUCCUCUCUCUGUUAUUCAUCACUCUCAUGCUGGUUCCAAAUUAUUUGAAUUUUACACCCUGAAGCAGCUGAAUUGUUCCUGUGCUUAAAUUAGCUGAAGGUCAUCAAUCUUCAAACCUUUUCCAUGUUACACUCUCUCUCCUCCUCUUUGCACUCCUCAUGGAAGGAGCAAAGUACACACACAGUCUUUGUGAAGGAAAUCCUGGAUAAUUUAAGGGAAGGGUGGCACUACCUUCAUACCCUGUAAUAAUAAAAGGGAGUAAUUUGCAAGUAAAAGAAGAGGGAAGGGCAAGAAGAAAAGGAAUGUAAGAGUAAAACAUAAUGUUUCUCUUUAUACAGCUUCUUCCCUCAAUAAUCCCUGCCCCAAAAGACACGAAGUUUUAGAUGCAAACAAUAAAUUGUUUGCAGGGCACCACAGCGUUUCUGCAGUGCUGCAUUGCCUGGCAAAGAAGAGCAGGGAAGUUACUUAGACAAAGGAAGGUUUUGGGCCACAUAGAGGUGAAACACUGGCCUUUCCUUUCCAUUCUUAGUGUGUUCAAGCUGCUGGCAAGCAUGACUGUGCUUAGAUGGGAGUGGGAAAAGCAGAGCUGCCAGAGAGGGAGCUUGUUCAAGUUGUGUCUGUGCCCAGGAAUGUGUUUGAACAGAGUCCCAUGGGGCACAGGCUGCUGAGUGCCCUGCUCAGCCUGGCAGGAGCGAGUAACAGAGGCAAGGCUGGAUUCUGUGCUGUGGGAUUGGCACAUCGGUCUCAGCGGGUGAUAUGUGCCUGGGGCAGAGGUAAAACUCCACACAGAGCUAAGUUAGAAUCUGAGCUCUCUGUUGCUGAGACACAAGGAUGGCAGGAGCACAGGAGAAGGAUGCAGGGGGGUCUCUGCCUAGCGUGGUUUGUGCUGGUAGGGCAGCACAGUGGGGGAAGUUUGCUGAGUCAGUGACUUUUCUGGGCUGGAAGAAAAAUUAUUCCUGACCCCUGCCAGCACUUCAUGCAGAUCCAGGAUACGGUUCCCAGAAAUGUCCCUACAUAUAUUAGCAAGAAGGCAACUGCGUAUCUUGCUGCAAGAAAGCAUGGCGACUGAUGCAGAACUGAGCUGUGAGCCUGGGGUAAUGGAUCUCCUGAAGGGAAUGCUGCGAAGCACAGCACCGAGGAGCUUAAUUUGCUGACUGCCAGGAAGCAGGUUGUUCUUCCUGUCUCCAGGGAAGCUUGCAGACAAGCCCCAGCACUGGAAGCAGACAGAGUACCAGCCGCAGGGCCGGGAUCAUGUAGUGCAGUGCAGCCCACCUCGUUACAGCGUCCUAAUUGCAGUAACACCGAUCUGGGAAAACUACAGUUCCCAUCACCCUUUUGUGCAUGUCUCUGUGAAACUACAUUUCCCAGAACCUUUUAAUGAGCCGGAGAGGAUGUCUAUGGAAAUAAAUGCCGACGAUUUUUGCAUAACACUCUGCACCUCCGGAGUGCUGGCCUUCCUUUGGCUUGUGAAAACGGGAACAGGGGAAAAGCCAGGAGGUGUCAGCGUUGUGGAGUUGUGGUUUUGCCUACCCCUAAUAGCCGCAGUGAUAUCCUCCACCACCGAGCAUCAUUCCUCCUCUCAGGACUCCCUUGGUGGUCACAGGGAAGAUCCUGUUCCCCAAGAAACACGGCUGCUGCGGAGGGAGAGGCAGAUAAACUACAGAUCCCGGCAUUCUCCGACAGGCAGCACCUGCGGCAGUCCCUGCACGCCGUGGGGGAGGUGGGGGUGAGGAUGAGGAUGGAGGGCAGGGAGGAGAUGCAGGGCGCCGUGGGGCUACGCUGCACCUGGGACAUCCCGCCACCCGCUGGCACCCAGGCCAAGUGGGUGAGGCUCAAUGUGGGGGGCACCGUCUUCCUCACCACCAGGCAGACUCUGUGUCGGGAGCAGAAAUCUUUCCUCUGUCGCUUGUGCCAGGGCGAGGAGCUGCAGUCGGACCGGGAUGAGACUGGUGCAUACCUAAUAGACCGGGACCCCACUUACUUUGGACCCAUCCUGAAUUUCCUCCGUCAUGGGAAGCUGGUCCUGGAUAAAGAUAUGGCUGAAGAGGGGAUCUUAGAAGAAGCUGAGUUCUAUAACAUUGGUCCUUUGAUCCGAAUAAUCAAGGACCGAAUGGAGGAGAAGGACUACACAGUCACUCAGGUGCCUCCUAAGCAUGUCUACCGUGUGCUACAGUGCCAGGAAGAGGAGCUCACUCAGAUGGUUUCCACUAUGUCAGAUGGAUGGCGCUUUGAACAGCUUGUGAACAUUGGCUCGUCCUAUAAUUAUGGGAAUGAGGAUCAGACAGAGUUCUUGUGUGUGGUCUCCAAAGAGUUGUACAACUCCCCCAGUGGCCUGAGCUCUGAGCCGAGCCACAAAGCCAAGAGCACAGAGGAGGACCUGGAGGAGGAAGAGCAGGAGGUGGAGGAGGAGGCAGAGGCAGAGACAGAAGCAGAAGCAGAGGAGAAAGACUGUCCAUCUAUUCGGGAUUGCGCUAAACUCUCUUCCUGCGGACCCUCCCUUCUGCUCCCCUCCGUAUCCAUCCCAGCACUGUCAUCUACCUCCCACAUUGCCCCACUCGCCAGCCUCCAGCCUCCAACAUCCUUCCCUCUGCUCUCUUUGUCCCCCAGGGCUCAGAGUGGUCUCUGCCCAGGGCCCUGUCUCUCUCUGCUCCUCACUUUUCCUCCUCUGCAGCUGUUACAAGCCAGAGAUCUGAGGAUGUGAUCCCAACACUCCAGCCUUUCCAUUUCUUGUUUAUAUCUUUAUUUUUGUACUGCAGUGUAUGGCAGCCCCUUGCCCCACAGUGACACCCUCCAGCCCCCUUCACUCUUCACAUGCAGCCAUUUUUUUUUACAAACUCACUUAAGAGGCCUGAGCCUCCAGCCUUGGAGAAGGGGCAGAUGCUCCAUGGAGGCCCUGGGCUGCUGUAGGAGCUGGAGCCCAUGGCCCCCUCCUGUGCCUGGCAGUUUGGCUUUCCUUAGUGUCACAGUGGCCCCUGGUGGGGACAUCAGCAAUCAGCCACUGCAGCCUGCGGUCCCUUCCUGAGCACCCUGGAUGCGAAUGGGAAUCCGAGGUGGUGACAACUGCAGAAGGACCGGUCCUUGCCCUUUUGCUGUUGCAGGCAGUUGGUCUGGGCUUGUGGCCAGAGGGUAAAUACAGAGCCACAGUCCUUUUCUGGGCCACCUGCAUUGCUUGGGGGUGUCCCUGUGCUGGGUAUCAUGCUCCUUGGUGCCUCCCUCCGUGUCCCCCACAGCAGCCCUGUGUCAGCGGGGUGAGGAGGAGACAGGUGUGCUGCCCAGGUACCUGAUGUGUCAGCCAGCACCAGGAGAUCCCUGUUUUGGGGAGCGGGGCGUUUGCUUCACUGCUGUGUCUGAAGACUCCUGAAUAAAAUUCACUGUCUGUUCCUCC